AUGUGUUUGAGAAUUGUUCUACACAAAGACCUUCAUUUCAUUCAUGUAAGGCAGGGGUCCACCAAGAUAAAUCCAUCUCCUUUUACCAUAAUUUAGUUCCUUAACAGGUUAGCAGCUCUUGCGAAGGACUACUGUGGCAGUUUGUCAGAGAAAUCUGUGCGUAUGAAUUUUGCCUUCAUAUAUGAGCUCUUAGAUGAGAUGGUGUUAAGGCAUCUUUUUGACUAUGGCUACAUACAGAUGAACUCAACUGACAUCCUGACAAAUUUCAUUCAAACAGAGGCUGUAACAUCCAAACCGUUCUGUCUUUUUGACCUCAGUAUUGUUUGUCUGAUUGGAGCAGAGACACAACAUAGUAAAGUGGCUCCAAGUGUUGCAUCGAGUCAUCCUAAAAUGUCCAGUCCUGGAGAGCAGGGUGGAAAAAAUUUGAUUUUUGUGGAUGUGAUAGAGAGGCUGUCUGUGGUGAUUGGCUCCAAUGUGAUUCUAAUGAAAUCAGACAUUCAGGGAGAGAUCAGAAUGAAAUGCUUUCACCCGAUCUGUUCUGAGAUGCAGAUUGGCCUGAAUGAGGAACUUACUAUAGAAAGGUCCCAGCUAAAAAACUAUAGUUCAGUUGUGUGUGUAGAUGAAUGCAGAUUCCACCAGGCUGUUAAACUGGAUGUAUUAAAAGUUUGACCCAGCCAAGGAGAACAAACAGUGAUGCAGUAUCGGCUUUGUGACGAGUUGCCUUGUGGGCCACCGUUUCAGUUAUUCCCCUCUGUGGAGAAAGAUUAUGUAAACAGGGUGUUGCUCUUCCUUAAGCUUCGAUGUGAUCUUCCACCUAAAAGUGUGGCCCUGAAUGUUUCCAUCACCGUACCUGUGCCAAAAGGCUCCAUAAGUAUGUCUUAGGAGCUCAGAAGUCCUGACCAGACUGCUGAGUUGUAACCUAAGAACAAAGGCCUGCUCUGGGAGAUCCCACGCUUCCCAGGAGAUUGCAGCUCUCAGGACUGUUCAAGAUGAUGUUGUUACACUGCUGAUGUUCCAGGUCUAAGCGCCCCCUCUUUGCUGGUGAUCGGCCCUGUCAGUAUGUCCUUCGAACUGCCCAAACAAACAUGCACUGGCCUUCAGAUCCGCUUCCUCAGGCUCUCUCCAACUAAGACAGGACUGUCACAAUGUUGGGUUCGAUAUGUCACUCAUUCUGAUUCCUACACCAUUCAGAUCUAAUCCAAACAGUUGGGUCGAACAUUCGCUGGACUAUGAAGAAACCGCUUUUUGCCUCUCACCCAUCCUAAGGGGCAUCCUUUUUUGAAAUUUGUUGAAUUGAAUCCAAACAUAUGA